AUGCACUCAAAAGGCACAAUUGCGGUUGAGGAAGCAGUCAUUAGCCCGAAUACGCUGUGGCUUUUAGAGGAAUCUCAGCAGAUCCUCACACCUGGAAAUGCAGGAAAUGAAGCAUUAAGGGCUCACGAGGCCCGAUUGCUGGACAUUCAUGAAGGGCGACUUCAGAUGAUGGAUGCCGAAGGCGUCGAGUAUAUGCUGUUAUCGUUGACUUCGCCAGGUUGUCAAGGAAUCUAUGAUCAAGCUCUAGCAGAGAGAACGGCUACGGAGUUCAAUGAUUGGCUGGCUAAACAAGUGUCCAAAAACCUCAGUCGUUUUGGUGGACUAGCAGCGCUCUCUAUGCAUAAUCCCUCCCAGGCCGCGGCGGAGUUGGAGAGAGCCGUCAGAGACUUGAGAUUCUACGGCUGCAUGAUCAAUGACUACCAGACAGCGGGUGAUAACGGCACUGGAAAACUGUACUAUGACACCGAAUUUUACGACCCCUUUUGGAAAAAGGUGCAAGAGCUGGAUAUUCCGGUUUACAUGCAUCCUCGCUACCCCACAACAAGGGAUCUUGGCACACAAGAUUCAGUUUAUGGCUCAAGAAUGCAUUUGCUCGGUGCUGGCGUCCAGUUCCACUUGGAUCUAUCGUUCCAUAUAUAUGCGAUCUGUUCUUCUGGUGUUUUUGACCGUUUUCCCGGGGUCAGGAUUGCAGCCGGUCAUCUCGGGGAAAAUAUUCCAUUUAAUCUAUGGCGAGCGUCUCAUUGGUAUAACAAGCCGAGUAAAAGAAUAGCCCGUCCCUCAAAACAUGACUACAAGUACUACUUUCAGCACAAUGUCUUCAUAACGACGUCUGGAAACUUUUCCACCCCCGGCCUGAAAUUUUGCAUCGAGGAGCUUGGGCCUGAGAGAUGCUUAUACUCUAUUGACACGCCUUAUGAUCAAAUUGAAGAGGCCCAAGCCUGGUGGAGGUGUGUUGAUAUUGAUGCAGUUACAAAAGAGCUGGUGGGGAGAACAAAUGCAAUCAAACUAUUCAAGCUUCCUUUGGAAGUUUGA